AUGAUUCCUCACAAGACCAAGCGUGGUGCAACCGCACUUGCCCGUUUGAAGGCAUACGAGGGUGUUCCACUUCCUUAUGAUAAGAUAAAGAGGAUGGUCAUUCCUGAUAUGAGGGAGCUUGAGAACAAGCUGAGGGUGAAGGCAGAAAAGGUUGUCGAGGAGAAACUAGGUCCUCAAAUGAUUCCUCACAAGACCAAGCGUGGUGCAACCGUACUUGCCCGUUUGAAGGCAUACGAGGGUGUUCCACCUCCUUAUGAUAAGAUAAAGAGGAUGGUCAUUCCUGAUAUGAGGGAGCUUGAGAACAAGCUGAGGGUGAAGGCAGAAAAGGUUGUCGAGGAGAAACUAGGUCCUCAGCUAGUAUUUGCCUUUUAA